UUUCCAUGACACAGCCAAUCAGGGACGGUUACGAACCGUGAGUUGUAUUGCUGCAUUUUCACCCAAUAGGCUCUGCCCUUCAAUACACUUCUGACCAAUGAUAUUCGAGGAUGUUCAAACGUUGAGCUUAAGGAAGUUGGUGAUGUGUGUAUUAUGUAUACAGCUGUUCCGACUCUGGCCAAAAAGUCAGCCGCCGUUUGGUCGUUAAGUGAGCUUAAGGUUUAGAGCCUCCGUUUGUAGCUAAAGGUAGCUUGCUUUCUAACUUCUGGGCGUUAAAAGUUGUCUCGUUUAGUUGAUCUCUCGCGGCAGCUGCCAUGCUGCUCGUUUUCCUCCUGUUCGCCACCUUUCGGGUCUCCAGGCUGGAGUGAAAAUAGAUGGGGGCCAUUACACCAGAAGAUGGAGGAUUUAACCAGGGGUCCUCAUGGCUGCUGUGAAGGUGUGGAGUUACUACAGCGCCCGUGUCCUAGGAGGAUGGGGCCCGCUGCUUUGCAUCGCCCUCGGCUCACUGGUGGCGCUCCUGAUGCCCAUGGUUGGGGUGGAGGAUCAGUGCUGUGCCUCCCUGAGAGGCAUCGCUCAGCUCCGCUGCCAGCUGUGGGGAAGUCCACAGCAGCAUCCAGCUGUGCAGUCCACCAGCCUCACCGUCCCCUUCACUGCUCUUGAUGUGCUGCCUCAGAAGCCCAAGCCGACCAAAGAGAUGGAGCUGGAGGCCAAAGCUGCACUGCAGUUGGCUCAGGAGAUGAAGAAACUUGGGAAGAGGGAGAAGGCUCACAAGCUGCUGGUGCAUGCACUUAGCAUGAACCCAGACUUUGUGGAUGCCCUGACGGAGCUGGGGACCAUUUUAGAGGAGGAGAAGGAUGUCGUCCAGGCAGAUCACCUCUACACCAAGGCCCUGGCCAUCUCACCGUGCAACGAGAGAGCUCUGGUUAGCCGAGACCGGACCCUUCCCCUGGUGGAAGAGAUCGAUCAGCGUUACUUCAGCAUCAUCGACAGUAAAGUGCGCCAGCUUAUGUCCAUUCCUAAAGGGAACUCUGCAUUCCGCCGAGUGAUGGAGGAGACCUACUACCACCACAUCUACCACACCGUGGCCAUUGAAGGCAGCACGCUCACGCUGUCAGAGAUUCGUCACAUCAUUGAGACGCGUUACGCCGUCCCCGGAAAGAGCCUGCAGGAGCAGAACGAGGCGAUCGGGGUGGAUGCGGCCAUGAAGUACAUCAACACGACGCUGUUGUCCAGAUCAGGAGCCAUCACCGUCAACGACAUCCUGGAGAUCCACCGGCGGGUGCUCGGCUACGUAGACCCCGUGGAGGGAGGGAGGCUGCGCACCAACCAGGUGUUUGUGGGCCACCACAUCCCUCCUCACCCUCGGGACCUGCAGCGACACAUGCAGGAGCUCGUUCAGUGGCUCAACUCCGACGAGGCGCUGCAGCUUCACCCCGUGGAAUACGCUGCACUCGCCCACUAUAAACUGGUGUACAUACACCCAUUUGUUGACGGCAACGGACGCACGUCACGGCUGCUCAUGAACCUCGUGCUCAUGCAAGCGAGAUACCCACCAAUUACUAUCCGCAAGGAACAACGGGCUGAAUACUACGCUGCUCUGGACACAGCCAAUGAGGGUGAUGUGCGGCCCUUCAUCCGCUUUAUUGCCAAAUGUACAGAAAUAACGUUGGACACGUUGUUGAUUUCUACAACGGAGCACGCCGUAGGGCUGCCGGGAGCAGGCCAGGACCAGACCUGUUUCGACUGCAAGCAGACCAUCCCAUUCCACAACUGAGCAUAGGGUAGGGAGAAAGGAGCGUGGCAACACUGGUAUGCAAACAUAGAUGUCAGUUCAUUUCAAAGCUCCAUCAUAAAAUGUGAAUUCCUUUGUCCACAUCGUACCCAUCAUUCCCUCCUCAGUUUGGAUUCUGUGCCCGCUGAAUUCAUCAGCCUGCUUCAGGAAGAUGAACUAAAAUUUGCUUUUUGUUGUGUCAGGUUUGCUUUCCCACACCUAAUUUUCCUACGCAAUGAAAAGUCGUGUUGUGGGAGAGUUUAGGUGUUUUAAUUCUCCAUCAUAUUACGAGGAGGAAACUAAACAAGAUUUCUGUCUGACUUGAAUCUUCGGUUUCAACUGCGGGUGUGCACGGUGAACAUUUAGUUCUUUGACAUAAAGAUGACGUCUCCAGACACUGUAAUGCACUUUCCUGUAUUUUCUUAUUUAUUUUAAAAUAAAAGUUGUCUAUAAUGAGCAAAGUCGGGCAUCAUUUGUAUGACUUUAUUAAAACAAGUUUCAGACCAGAAAAGAAGGGAGGGAAAAGAAAUAUGACGUGAUUUCAUUUGUUCUAUAGGGACCCCCCCCCCUUCAAAAAAACACAAGGGGUAAAAAUAAAAGGAUAAAAGUCAAAAAGCACAAAAUAAAUACUGAGAUUAAACAAACAAAAAUAGCCUUUUAUUAUUUACCUCUAUUCCAAAUGUAAAACACUGACUAUAGAAAUUAUACAAACAGCAAUGCACAUAACAGAAUACAACCUUUUUAGUAUAGACAUAAAACAGAAGGUGACUUCUACAACUUCAACAUCUUUAACUUUUUUUUCUCCUUUUUCUUUUUUAAUUAGGCCACUGCGGUGAGAGCAAUACAUACAGCUUGUAUCCCAUCUGUUUUGAUAACUUAAGAUUUAUCACAAACUAUGCUGACCUUUUUUUUUUUUUUUUAAACAUGUUUACCGAGUAUCCUGUA